AUGGUUCGCCGGAAAAUCGACAAAAACCAACUUGAUUUUUUCUGCUGGUUCUUUUGUGUGGUUACUAUUCUAAGUUUGGCUGGUUUCGUUGCAUGGCUAAGCCUAAUCCCAAGAAGCCCGAUUUUCAGAAUUUCAGACGCACACUUUCCUUCACCAGAUUCCAAUAAUCAUUCUACUCGUAGUAAUAUAUCAGUUCCAAACAGGCCCUUAAUCUUUAACCUCGAAAUCUUCAAUCCAAACAAGCGUAUGGGAAUCUAUUACAGUGGGAUCAAUAUGGAACUGUACGGUGGUGGUGAUGGUGGUGGUGUUGUUGGGAGAAAUUCGACUCCGGGUUUUUAUCAGGGGCAUAAGAAUACUACUCUGCUACAGAUAGUGAUCCAAGCCAAUCAAGAAAUUUGGCAGAGGGGUAAUGGUGGAAAUCUGGAUUUCGUUAGGGUUAAAACUGGUGUCGUUUUUCGGAUUAUCAAAUGGAAGACGAAGCUUCGCCAGAUUGUUUGCGAUGAACAAUUCAGCAUUGAGAAAGUCAAUACCAAUGGUACUGUUUUAGGAGGAAAUUAUGCACAGCAGCAAAAUUCAUCAAGAGUAAAAAUUAGAAAUUGA